UGCACGUUACCGUGCCCCACCACUCCGUUAGACGCUAAGGAAGUUCGUCGUUACUAACGUCGAUUUCGAUGCACUCGAUUAUGCCAGAUCUGGCCACACUAGUGACACUGCAUCAGUGCAUGCGAGUAUGCAACUGACAGACGCUCCGUGCGCUCGUAUUCGACAACGAUGAGUCACGUUUGAUAUUUCUGCAGUUUUGUGCGGAGGGCCGCCUUUUUGACUAUUAUCUUUCACGUAUCACGUGGAGUUAAAUACUGAUAUUUGAACGCCUAUAUCAGUUAGAUGACGGCGGUACGCCGUGUGUUAACAGGUCAUGGGGGCCUGUUUCGGCCGCUGCAUUUCCAAAGUUACAGACUCCUUGUCGUACAGGUUUUACCAAAGGCACACCAGCAUGUCUUUCCAAGGAGACGAACAAGUUGAGUUUAUGGAUGACAAAGGAGAUGCAGACCAAUCUAGAGGAUCAAAAACCCUGUUAUCGUUUCUCUCCUUAAAUCGAUUCAAGAAGAAACAUGGAGUUCCUGUAACAUUGGAAUUGUUGGAAGAUGGGGGUUGGUCAAAGGGUACUAAUAAAUAUGCCAGAUUAAAGUCUAGGAACAAUGCUUCUACAAGUUCUGGGUUGGAUACACCGCUUCAAGUUCUUGAUGCAAGGACAUUAAUGAAACAACAAGCAUGCGUUUCCUCUACUCCCGGGUCUUCGUUAGAUCUAGAAUGGGAACACGAAGGUAAUUGGUCCGAAACUACGUUCUACGAACAUAAAGGGAACGCGAUAGAAGAGUAUUGGUAUUUUUUAGGAUUAGCUGUACCAGUUGUGGAUGAUGAAAUUGCGGAGAGUAACGAUGGUUCUAUGACCCAAACGUCGGUGAACAAUAGUCAGCCCUCUAGUUUGACGGCAUCUCCUUGGUCUAGGGUGUCUACACCAAAUAGUUUAGAAUGGGAUCCGGUUGAAGCAGAUAUGGUAUGUGUUGAUUUAGAGACUGAACAGUUAUUGACUGAGAUAGAAAGAUUAACAGAUAGAGCAUUACAAGAGACAGGCGAAUGGACUAGUACUAGCUGAUAAAUAAUGUAUUUACAAUUAACAGGAUUGUUUGUAUUUUUGUAUUAUAAAGAAAGGGUACACAACGGAAUUAAAAGAGUAUGAAAUACUUUUAGAAGACAAAGAAAAAGAUUCUACUGUUUCAAUAUUUGUAUUGUUGAAACAAUAUGAAGAUAUAUUUAUAUUGUUUCAAAGAAUAUAUACAUACGUGUAUAACUUAGCAUAAUUAACAUUUUAAUAGGAAGGUAUAUUACUGAGAAUACCUUUCAUAAAUUUAUUAUAGAAGAAAAUGCCAAUGAUUCAAACGAAGAAUUUUUUAUAUUAUAACAUAUGUAUAUAAGUCUUACAGAAGUAAAAAACGGAUAUACUUUUGUUACUCAGUUCUGAACGAAACAUUUGCAAUGUUGCACAUUUUUAAACCGUUUCUUUCUCUUAAUGCAUUUUUCAUUCUACCCUAAUUAUGUCCUUUCAAAGUAUUUCACGAAAAAUUUUUUAUUCUCAACUAUCUAUAUUCUCAUUUUAUAUAACUUCCGCAGGACAAUAACUUUCUUCCUAUUAAUGAUCAUUAUGUUCCAUUUUGUCAUUUUAUUCCAGAAGUUCAUACUUUGCUCCAAGAUUACAAGUUUGAUAUUAAAAUUUAUGUACUUUGAAAGACACUGAUCUCAUCUUCUUUUGUAGAAACAUUAAUUCAUAGUAUUAUAACGUAUUAUUUUAAUCUUUUGAAGCACAUAAAUAGCGCAUAUAUAAUAAAAUUUCUUUCACGAAUUUUUUUAUUUUUUUCCAUGAGAAUAGUAUAAAGAAAUUUUAUAUAAAUGGCCAGCUGUGCUUCAAACGGUUAAAUACAUGCAUAUCAUGUAUGCGACAGUGUAAAUUCUUAUGUUUGUAAAGUCUACUGUUCACGAUUUAACUUAGAUAGGGGAAAAAGUUAAAAGAAAAAAAAAAAAAAAGAAAAUUAAUUAAAAUGCAUCAGGUGCUAUCAAUGCAAUAUAUUUUUUGCAAACGGAAUUUUAAAAAAGCGGCUUCUUUUGGGGGAAAAAUUUCUUUCAGAGCUUAGUAUAUCUUAAAUUAAUUGUAUUUUAUAAAAGAAAGAUUAUCACAUAGUCUAUUUGUAAAUCUAGUCACAGUGAAAUCUCUCGAAUCUCUGGAAGAUUGAAACAAGGAAGCAAACAGAACACGAGGUGGUGCUGGUGUAAUGUUAAUGUUAAUACAUAUUUGAGUGUACAAAACAUGUUUCUACUGUGGUUAAAUUAUUACGAGGUAAUUAGGUUACAAGUUUAGAUAGACUGUCGAUUAAUGAAGUAAAUGAAUUUUAAGACCGAAAUAGGCUGCCUUACAAUAGAUACAAAAACAAAAAAAAAAUAUGAAAUUCAUAACUGCUAACAUGCUGUUUGAAACUUUGAUUGCAUUACAUUCGCGGGUAUACCUCCGUUAUAAUUGCAUAAUUAAAUUUAAGAUUAUUACCUUAUGAAUAAUUUUCGAGUGAAUCAAAAUGUAUGCGGCAGUAGCGCAGGUAGUUAAUGAUAAUGAAGAUAAUAAUAAUGGCGCAGCAUGUUAAUAACGCCGUGCCAUAGCUACGUAUACAAUUUAUAGAUUCCGUCUAUCGUCAUCGUUUAUUUUACACUCCGAAAAUUCAUUCGCGUCUGUCGGAAAUAUUAAAUGCCGAAACAUUAAAUUUUAAUUGCAUGAUAAACGCACAGAAAUAUUAGUUGUGCAAAACGUAUGUGGUUUGACAUUAUAAUACCUAUGUUACUAAUUUAAGUAUAACACGUGUCCUGUACGUACAUAAAUAGUUUCAUAUGUAUUGUUCGGUUUGAAAAUAAUGAAAAAGGUGCUUGAAACAAGAACAACAAAAAAUUAUAAAACGCUUGCAAUCUGUCUCUAUAUCAAAGAUAAAAGAUGGAUACAAUAUUUAUUGUAUAACAGUCAAGUAAUGUUGGCAUUAAUGUCGUAGUUCUGGUUGGAAAUUUAUCAACUUUGAUCUUAAAAUGCCUUUUUAUUUAUUUCGAUUUAAUAGCAUAUAAAAUAAAGUAUUUAAAUUGAUCGUCAAAUAUUUAUUUAACAAAUGUUUAUGCUAAAAGCGUUUAUUCGAAAAUUUUAAGUGCUCUGAAAUAAUAGGGACCAAAAGUGUUUUCAGUAUUAAGUCUCCUCAUGGCUACUACUUUCUACCACAAUGAUCAUUUUGCGUAAGUUACACUCAUGUGUCUAACUUUGCUUGAUUAACCAGCUACUUUAAAUUAAUUAUAUGGCUGAUUUUUAUAAUCGAUUCGACGUAUUAAUGGCAUUAUAUGGAUAAUUAAAUUGUAAGGAUAAUUUUAAAUUAUUGUAUCAAUCUUGAAAUUGUAAACAAAAUUUAUCAUUGUUGGCUUUAAAAAUAUCUUUAUCUGCGCCUAGCAUUAAUAAU